GGAGCUUACUGUAGAGUAACUCUGUCUUUAAAUGCUCAUUCCUUGUAGCUAAGUUAGCUUAGCUUCACGCUGUAAAGCAUUUUGAUGCAGGUCGAGGAGUUGACAGGUCGUGUGAAACGGACGGGGGGGCGCUAGGACCCCGCGGACGUCCAGAGAAUGGGCGGAGGAAGGUUAACCUCAGAGGACUGAUCAGAGGUCAGUUAAUGAAGGUUUGAGUUGUGAGAGCAGCUCGGAGCACUGAUCCCCGGUCAGUUCACUUCAAAGUGAUCCGCUGCGCACUUUGAUCGCGACGUGAAAAGGAUAAACACAGACGGCUAGCCCUCAGUUAGCAUUAAAAGAGUUCAUACCAAUAAGAUAUUAUAAUGAUUCCCAAGUUGAAAACUUUGAUUAUUACCCCAAUAAGUCCUACUUCGGUACCUUUACGGGGCGGUGUGGAUGUUUGGGGGUAAACGGUGUGAUAAUCCGCAGUGUCAGCAUCUCCAUUUCUGUGCUGGAGGAGACAAGUGGAGCCUUUUUUUUUUUUUUUAUCCACAAUGCAAGCGAACACAACGCGGGGCUUCUUGUGGUCGGACGUGGAGACGAGGACCCUGCUGAACAUCUGGGGGGAGCAGGACAUCCAGACCGCGCUGGAUGGAAACUUCCGAAACAGCUUCGUGUACCGCGACGUGUCCCGGCGGCUGGGCGCGAUGGGCUUUGAACGCACCCCGGAACAAUGCAGGGUGCGGAUCAAAAGCCUCAAGAGGCAGUACCUGUUGGCCAAGGAGGGUAAUCUGCGGAACAACGGGCAGUACCACAAGAUCUGUAAGUUUUACGACACCAUGGAGAGGAUUCUGAGCAACCGGCCGGUCAUUGACCCCCAGGAGUUCAUAGAGUGCGGGGCGGGAGGAGAGGAGGCCGGGGAGGGCCUGGAGGAGGAGGAGGAUGGAGAGGAUGCUCAGGAUGGAUUCUCAGAGAGCACAGGGGAGUGUCCUCUACCUGCUGAACCUGAAGUCAAGGUGGAAUACCCAACUGUUCCCAUCUCUGUUCCUGUUAAAGUCACAGUCAGCAGCAACAGCACUUCGAUGAGGUCACAAAACAGCGGCCAGCCAACCAGCAACCUAUCAGCGAGAACGCCGAAACGACCAAGAAAGCGGCGUGCUAACUUCCCCGUGGAGAAACUAAUGGAGCAGUUCCUGGAGCAGAGCGCCCAGGCCGAGGACAACUUCUACCAGGUGGAGGAGCGGCGGCUGCAGGCGGAAGACCGGCGCCGAGAGAUGGAGCACGCCAGGGAGCUGCAGAUGCUGCAGAUGCUCGGCCAGAUGUUCUCCAGCGUCUCCUCUGCAGCCGCUCCCUCUAAAGCGUCUCCUCCUGCUGCGCGUGCUCCCGUCAACUCCAGUGCCUCCUCGUCCCCGUCGUGUCCGCGUGGUCAGUCCGGUCAGGUCAAGCACCCCUCGCCCCGGAGAGACUGUUUCACCCAGCAGAGUCGUCUCUCGACCUCUGCUCCUCAGGCAUUAGUGUUUGACCGCUACUACAGUCUGGGCUCUACAUCGCACAGAGGCAUGGAUGACGACCUUCUCUCACUAGUAAAGAACACAAUCCCUCCACUGACGUCCAAAAAGCACAAGGGACAAGAUGGACGCAUCGGGAUCAUUGGAGGAUGCCAAGAUUACACAGGAGCUCCAUACUUUGCUGCCAUCUCAGCUUUAAAAGCAGGGGCUGACCUGUCCCAUGUGUUCUGCACCAAAGAAGCUGCGCCUGUGAUCAAAUCAUACAGCCCGGAGCUCAUAGUGCAUCCUGUUCUGGACAGUCCUAAUGCAGUGGAAGAGAUAGAGAAAUGGCUCCCCAGACUGCACAGCCUUGUGGUGGGACCAGGUCUAGGAAGAGAAGGCUUGCUACUGAAAACAGUCAAGGAGGUCAUAGAGAAGUCUAAAACAAGAGAUAUCCCUAUAGUCAUUGAUGCAGAUGGAUUAUGGCUUGUUACACAGCAGCCAUCUGUUAUUCAAGGGUACCAUAAGGGCAUCCUUACUCCUAACAUCAUGGAGUUCACCCGACUAUAUCAGGCACUGAACCGUGAGCCCAUGGACAGCAGUGAUCAUCAGCACAGCCUCAUGCAGCUCAGCGUAGCUAUGGGAAACCUGACUGUGGUGCUAAAAGGAGAACAAGAUGUCAUCACUGAUGGCAGUAAAGUUUUCACGUGCAGUCUGGAGGGCAGUGGGAGACGAUGUGGGGGACAAGGUGAUCUUCUGUCAGGCUCUAUGGGAGUGUUUGCACACUGGGCUCACUCUGCCUCUGCAGCUGGAGUGAUCAGAAGUGUGAAUCCGUCAGUGGUUGCAGCAUAUGGAGCCUGUUCUCUUACAAGACAGUGCAACAGUCAAGCGUUUCAGCGACAUGGCAGGUCCACCACCACAUCAGACAUGAUCCAGGAGAUCGGCUCAGCCUUCAAGAAGCUAUUUGAAAGUUGAAAACAUACACAUUUAUUCAACUUUUGUUUUUAAAAAUGUAUACAUGCAUUCCUAAUUCUGGCAAUUUGACGACUUUAUAAAUGAACACUUUUACUAGAAAAAAUAUAAAAGCACUUAACACUUCCAUGACGUAACACGUGCAUACUGCAGACUACUUUAUGGCGGGAUGUGGUGGAUUGAUUAUUUAAAAAUAAUAAUUUAAGUGUCAUCUAAUUUGCCUGUCAUAUUGGCAGAUAUGUCUGAUGCAGAAUAUUUAUUUUAAAGCCUGUACUUGCCUAUGCCAAUGACUUAUUUUUGUGCAGCCCUGAAAGGACCUGAUAUUGUUAUGGAUACCAAACAUCUCGGGGUAGCUACAUUUUUCCCAAAGAGAUGUUGAGAGAGAAGCUAAGAAGGAUUAAUCAGAAACCUGUUUCAAUUUUGAAAUAAAUAAGAUUGUGUUCGAGUGAC